AUGUCGCAGUCAGAUGAGACUCUCAGCCCUGCUGUUUCAUCAACUGGAUUCUCCACCUUUGCCGAGGCCAAAUUAUCCCUCGAUGCCGCGCUUGCAAACUACGAGUCGUCAGAUCCCGAAGAUCAUACCGACGACACGAAAAGGUUCCUUGAGUCUAAGAUUUACCCAGUUGGUCCUAAGGAUCGCGAGGUUAUUGACGCUGCCUUUCAACCGUUGCAUGACCAAGGGAAGAUGAGUUAUACAACGGGACAUACUGCUACGGGUUUCCCCGUCUUUGUUGUAUGGCGUACUACUCACCGGCCCGGGCGCGAGCCCGAGCGUAAGGGUCGCGCCGUGGUGGACCUUCGGCCGCUAAACAAAGAGGUCGUGCGCGAUAUUUAUCCUAUUCCGACCAUGGAUGAUAUUUUGCUUCUGACACAGGGCAAGAAGUUCAUCACUGUCUUGGACGCAUCUAAGUUUUUCUAUCAAUGGCGCGUCCGACGCGAACAUCGCGGUCGGAUAUGUGUCGUCUCGCAUCGGGGCCAGGAAAAGUUUCAUGUCGCGAUCAUGGGGUUCUGCAACAGUGUGCCCUACGUUCAGAGGCAAAUGGACCUACUCCUGAAAGAGUUCGUCGAGUUCUGCCGUGCGUACCUCGACGAUCUCGUCACAGCAUCUGAUACCUUCGACGAACAUGUCGAACACUUGACCCUUGUCCUGGACGUGCUCGAAAAGCACGGGGUCGCUUUAGAACCCAAAAAGGCGUACGUCGCCUUUCCAGAGGUCUCCCUAUUAGGCCAGCGAGUGGACGGGCAGGGGGUCUUGUUUUGGCUACGGCUGAUGGUGGCGACAUGA